AUGGUGGUGCUUCAGGUUAAGGAGGCCAAGCCGUGCUCGGCUGCCUUUAUAUCCUUCAUUCCACGAGGGUCCAGACUUCGGACUUCACCUCCAGCCUAUAUCAUGAGCCUGAGUCAUGCGCGGGAGCCAUGGUUUGAUCCACCUGCUAAGUCAGGACCUCCUGCUGUUGACCGAUUACAGCUUGUUGAGUGUACGGUUACAGAAAAAAGCUGUUCAGAUCUUGCUUCAGUUCUCAGUUCAGACUCCAGCAGUCUGAAGGAUCUUGACCUGAGUAAUAACAAUCUGCAGGAUUCAGGAGUGAGGCUGCUCUCUCAUGGACUGAAAGAUAAUUGUAAACUGGAGAAACUCAGACUUUCAAACUGCAGUAUCAAUGAAGAAGGUUAUAAAGCUCUGGCUUCAGCUCUGAGAUCAAACACUUCACACCUGAUAGAGCUGGAUCUCAGAGGAAAUGAUCCUGGACCAUCAGGAGUGAAGCAGCUCAAUGAUUUACUACUUGAUCCAAAGUGUAAACUCGAGACACUGAGGUUUUUGGGUCCUGAUGCUGAGAAAGCCUUCCAGUAUGUGACUAAAGUUUUGGGUGAAAACCUGUUACUCCUGAGAGAGCUGAAUCUGAGUGAACGUGAACUAGACCCAAAACAGCUGGUUCCUCUAUUGGUGGAUAAACACUGUAAACUUAACAUACUGAUUCUGAAUAACAGCUCUAUCACAGAAGAAGAUUGUUGUGCUCUGGUAGCAGCUUUAAAUUCAAACCCUUCAAAUCUGAAAGAGCUGGUUUUGAGUGGGACUAAACUCAGAGACUCAGAAAUGAAGAACUUGUCUACUCUGUUUGAGAAUGUACAGUGUAGACUGGAAAAGUUGAAGUUGAAUUUUAUCAGUAUUACAAAAGAAUAUUGUACUGCUCUGGCUUCAGCUUUUAAUUCAAACCCCUCAAACCUGAAUGAGCUGGACCUGAGUGGGAAUCAACUUGGAGACUCUGGAGUAAUGGAAAUUUCCACUCUACUUGGAAAUUCACAGUGCACACUGCAGAUACUCAGACUUUCAGACUGCAGUAUCAGUGAAGAAGGUUAUAAAGCUCUGGCUUCAGCUCUGAGAUCAAACCCUUCACACCUGAUAGAGCUGGAUCUCACAGGAAAUGAUCCUGGACCAUCAGGAGUGAAGCAGCUCAAUGAUUUACUACUGGAUCCAAACUGUAAAGUAAAACUGAGGUUUUUGAGUCCUGCUGCAGAUGAAGCCUGUCAGUAUGUGAAUAGAGUUGUGGGUGAAAACCCGUUACUCGUGAGAGAGCUGAAUCUGAGUGAACGUGAACUAGGAGACAAAAAUGUGAAGAAGCUUGCUGUUCUACUCCAGGAUAAACACUGUAAACUCAACACACUGAUGCUGAAUAAUAACAGUAUUACAGCAGAAGGUUGUGCUGCUCUGACUUUAGCGUUUAAUUCAAAUCCCUCAAACCUGACAGAGCUGGAUCUGAGUGGAAAUAAACUAGGAAACUCCGGAAUUGAGAAGAUCUGUCCUCUGUUGGAAAAUCCACAGUGCAGAUUGGAAAAACUUAAAGGAAAUGAUCCUGGACCAUCAGGAGUGAAGCAGCUCAAUGAUUUACUACUGGAUGGAAGCUAUAAAUUAAAGAACAUCAGGUUUUUUAAAAGUCCUGCUGCAGAGGGAGCGUGUGAGUAUCUCACUAAAGUUCUGGGUGAAAGUCCAUUAUUAAUGAAGGAACUGGAUCUGAGUGGAGAUAAAUUAGGAGACCUGGAUGGAGAGAAACUUUCUGCUAGGCUGAAGAAUCCUGUGUGUGAGCUGAAGAUACUCAAGCUCAGUAAGUGUUCACUAACAGAAGAAAGCUGUUCAGAUCUUGCUUCAGUUCUCAGUUCAGACUCCAGCAGUCUGAAGGAUCUUGACCUGAGUAAUAACAAUCUGCAGGAUUCAGGAGUGAAGCUGCUCUCUCAUGGACUGACAGAUAAUUGUAAACUGGAGAAACUCAGACUUUCAGACUGCAGUAUCACUGAAGAAGGUUAUAAAGCUCUGGCUUCAGCUCUGAGAUCAAACCCUUCACACCUGAUAGAGCUGGAUCUCACAGGAAAUGAUCCUGGACCAUCAGGAGUGAAGCAGCUCAAUGAUUUACUACUGGAUCCAAAGUGUAAACUCGAGACACUGAGGUUUUUGAGUCCUGAUGCAGAUGAAGCCUUUCAGUAUGUGAAUAGAGUUGUGGGUGAAAACCCGUUACUCGUGAGAGAGCUGAAUCUGAGUGAACGUAAAUUAGACUUAAAGAAAGUGAAGCCACUCGCUGCUCUACUAAAGGAUAAACACUGUAAACUGAGCAUAAUUCAGCUGAAUAAUAACAGUAUUACAGAAGAAGGUUGUUCUGCUCUGACAUCAGCAUUCAAAUUAAACCCUUCAAACCUGACAGAGCUGGAUCUGAGUGGAAAUAAACUAGGAAAAACAGGAAUGCAGAAUAUCUGUUUUAUGUUGAAAAAUCCACAGUGCAGAUUGGAGAAACUAAAACUUUCAGACUGCAGUAUCACUGAAGAAAGUUACAAAAUCUUGACUUCAGCUCUGAAACCAAACCCUUCACACCUGCUCGAGCUGGAUCUCACAGGAAACGAUCCUGGACCAUCAGGACUACAAUGGUUCUUUAGUCUGUUUGCGGGUGGAACGAGUAAAUUAAAGACCAUCAGCUUUUUGAGAAGUCCUGCUGCAGAGGAAGCGUAUAAGUAUCUCACUGAUGUUCUGGGUACAAAUCCAUUACUACUGCAAGAACUGGAUCUAAGCAGAAUUAAACUAGGAGACCAGGAUUGGGAGAAUAUUUCUGCUCUUUUGUUGGACUCUUAUUGCAAAGUGGAGAAACUAAAGCUGAAUAGUUAUGAGAUGACGAGUAAAAGCUGUUCAGUUCUAGCUACUGUUCUCUGCUCCAAAACCACCCUGACAGAGAUGAACCUGAACAACAGCCCUCUGCAGGAUUCAGGAGUCAAAGAGAUCUGUAAGGGACUGACGAAAUCUAAGCUUGAAAAACUGAAACUUUCAAACUGCAGUAUCACUGAAGAAGGUUAUAAAGCUCUGGCUUCAGCUCUGAGAUCAAACCCUUCACACCUGAUAGAGCUGGAUCUCAGAGGAAAUGAUCCUGGACCAUCAGGAGUGAAGCAGCUCAGUGAUUUACUACAGAGUAAAAAGUGUUCACUGAAGACACUAAGGUUUUUACAAAGUCCUGCUGCAGACGUUUAUCAGUAUUUGACUAGUGUUCUCCACACAAACCUGCUACUCGAGAGAGAGCUGAAUCUGAGUGAACGUAAACUAGACUUAAAAACUGUGAAUCAGCUCGCUGCGCUACUGCAGGAUAAACACUGUAAAUUCAACAAACUUCAGCUGUGUGGUUGUGGUCUAGCAGAGCAAAGCUGUUCAGCUCUUGCUACAGUCCUGAGAUCAAACUCCAGUCUGAAAGAGCUUGACAUGAGCAACAAUAAUUUGCAGGAUUCAGGAGUGAAGAAACUCAAGAGUGGAUUAGAAAAUACAGACUGCACACUGGAGAAACUAAGACUUUCAAACUGCAGUAUCAGUGAAGAAGGUUAUAAAGCUCUGGCUUCAGCUCUGAGAUCAAACCCUUCACACCUGAUAGAGCUGGAUCUCAGAGGAAAUGAUCCUGGACCAUCAGGAGUGAAGCAGCUCAAUGAUUUACUACUGGAUCCAAACUGUCAACUCGAGACACUGAGGUUUUUGAGUCCUGAAGCAGAGAACGCAUGUAAAUAUGUGCCUGGGCUUUUGGGUAAAGAUCCCCUACAUGUGAGGGAGCUGAAUCUGAGUGAACAUAAACUAAAAGACAUGCACAUGAAGUAUCUUGCUGCUCUACUACAGGAUAAACACUGUAAACUCAGCACAAUUCAACUGUUUAAAUGCAGUAUUACAGAGAAACAGUGUCGCAUCCUGACUUCAGCUCUGAAAUCAAACCCAUCACACCUGAGAGAGCUGGACCUCAGUGUCAGUCAAAUAAAAAACACAGGAGUGAAUCACUUAUGUGACGUACUGAAGGAUCCACACUUUAAACUGGAGAGACUGAGGUUAAGAUGCUGUGAAAUGACAGAUGAAGGUUGUUCUGCUGUGACCUCAGCUCUGAAAUCAAACCCAUCCCACCUGAAAGAGCUGGACCUGAGUGAGAAUAAACUAGGAGACUCUGGAGUGAAAAACCUCAGUGAUUUACUGAUGAACCCACAAUGCAAGCUGGAGAAACUAGAGAUAAGUGGCUGUGAAAUGACAGAUGAAGGUUGUUCUGCUGUGACUUCAGCUCUGAAAUCAAACCCAUCCCACCUGAGAGAACUGGACCUCAGUGUCAAUCAAAUAAAAAACACAGGAGUGAAUCACUUAUGUGACGUACUGAAGGAUCCACACUUUAAACUGGAGAGACUGAGGUUAAGAUGCUGUGAAAUGACAGAUGAAGGUUGUUCUGCUGUGACUUCAGCUCUGAAAUCAAACCCAUCCCACCUGAAAGAGCUGAACCUGAGUGGUAAUGAAUUAGGGCAGUUGGGAGUGACAAAUCUCCGUGAUCUACUGAUGAACCGACAAUGCAAGCUGGAAAUACUUAAUCUGUGUGGAUGCAGUAUUACAGAGAAACAGUGUCUCAUCCUGACUUCAGCUCUGAAAUCAAACCCAUCACACCUGAGAGAGCUGGACCUCAGUGUCAAUCAAAUAAAAAACACAGGAGUGAAUCACUUAUGUGACGUACUGAAGGAUCCACACUUUAAACUGGAGAGACUGAGGUUAAGAUGCUGUGAAAUGACAGAUGAAGGUUGUUCUGCUGUGACUUCAGCUCUGAAAUCAAACCCAUCCCACCUGAAAGAGCUGAACCUGAGUGGUAAUGAAUUAGGGCAGUUGGGAGUGACAAAUCUCCGUGAUCUACUGAUGAACCGACAAUGCAAGCUGGAAAUACUUAAUCUGUGUGGAUGCAGUAUUACAGAGAAACAGUGUCUCAUCCUGACUUCAGCUCUGAAAUCAAACCCAUCACACCUGAGAGAGCUGGACCUCAGUGUCAAUCAAAUAAAAAACACAGGAGUGAAUCACUUAUGUGACGUACUGAAGGAUCCACACUUUAAACUGGAGAGACUGAGGUUAAGAUGCUGUGAAAUGACAGAUGAAGGUUGUUCUGCUGUGACUUCAGCUCUGAAAUCAAACCCAUCCCACCUGAAAGAGCUGAACCUGAGUGGUAAUGAAUUAGGGCAGUUGGGAGUGACAAAUCUCCGUGAUCUACUGAUGAACCGACAAUGCAAGCUGGAAAUACUUAAUCUGUGUGGAUGCAGUAUUACAGAGAAACAGUGUCUCAUCCUGACUUCAGCUCUGAAAUCAAACCCAUCACACCUGAGAGAACUGGACCUCAGUGUCAAUCAAAUAAAAAACACAGGAGUGAAUCACUUAUGUGACGUACUGAAGGAUCCACACUUUAAACUGGAGAGACUGAGGUUAAGAUGCUGUGAAAUGACAGAUGAAGGUUGUUCUGCUGUGACCUCAGCUCUGAAAUCAAACCCAUCCCACCUGAAAGAGCUGGACCUGAGUGAGAAUAAACUAGGAGACUCUGGAGUGAAAAACCUCAGUGAUUUACUGAUGAACCCACAAUGCAAGCUGGAGAAACUAGAGAUAAGUGGCUGUGAAAUGACAGAUGAAGGUUGUUCUGCUGUGACUUCAGCUCUGAAAUCAAACCCAUCACACCUGAGAGAACUGGACCUCAGUGUCAAUCAAAUAAAAAACACAGGAGUGAAUCACUUAUGUGACGUACUGAAGGAUCCACACUUUAAACUGGAGAGACUGAGGUUAAGAUGCUGUGAAAUGACAGAUGAAGGUUGUUCUGCUGUGACUUCAGCUCUGAAAUCAAACCCAUCCCACCUGAAAGAGCUGAACCUGAGUGGUAAUGAAUUAGGGCAGUUGGGAGUGACAAAUCUCCGUGAUCUACUGAUGAACCGACAAUGCAAGCUGGAAAUACUUAAUCUGUGUGGAUGCAGUAUUACAGAGAAACAGUGUCUCAUCCUGACUUCAGCUCUGAAAUCAAACCCAUCACACCUGAGAGAGCUGGACCUCAGUGUCAAUCAAAUAAAAAACACAGGAGUGAAUCACUUAUGUGACGUACUGAAGGAUCCACACUGUAAACUGGAGAGACUGAGCCUAAAUGAAUGUGGCAUUACAGAUGUCACUUCUUUAGUUCAGUCUUUGGCUGGGACGAAAGCAUUGCAGUUUUUAACAGAGCUUGAUCUGAGUAAAAAUAACUUAGGAGACUCAAAGGAGCAACUCAGAAAAGUGCUACAAGGCACAAACUGUAAACUGAGCCUAGAGAAAGAACACUGGUAUAGUUACAUAACUGGAUUUUUUACAAGACAGUCUAAAUCUCAGAAAUCAGCAAAAUCAGGAAGACUGGACCAGUCAACCUCAGGUGGAGCAGUGGCAGGAGAAGAGUCUGGCCAGAGAACAGAUGAGUCCAACUGGCAGGAGUCUGGGUCUUCAGUAUAAGGCCUACAAUCGUGAUGUUGGGAUUAAAUCCAUAAUGGAGCAAAUAAUAUAUUGCUAUAAUCAUGAUUCUGAUUGCAGUGGCGGCUGGUGGAAAAUUUUCUAGGUAGGGUGCAACAUCAAACAAUUUUAGCAUACAUCCCGGCAUGAUUUAUCCCAGUAUAACAAAAGGAAAAGUAUUAAGAGGAGCACAGGUGACACACUAUCAACCAACCGAUCAACCGGUGACUUCCGGUGUGGGAACGCUGUGCACGUCUGGCUGCCGCUCCGCACUGGGUUAUGUGUUUGUUUGUGAUCGUCUGUGUUCGCUACUUUACUACACUCGUUUUGUUCAGCAAACUGCAAAACUGGAUUUACUCUCCUUGCUUGGCUGACGGACUUUUGGCAAACUGGAGUCACUCUACUGCUUCGGACUAGUGUACUUUUGUUGUUGACGCUGGGAACUCCUGGUUGUCGGCCUGCUGCGAGCCCUCUCACCCCUCUAUCCAUCAUCUGCCGGUGAUCAGUUGACCUGCUGUCUAUCUUGUAACCCAAUGUAUAGAUUAAGUUCAUAUUUUUGAGUUGAAUAAAAUCAAAUAAAUUAUGUUAAAGGUCCCCUGAA